AUGUCGACCAGCAACUUGAGCAACGUCUCAUCAAGCGAAAAGGAUUUGGAUUGUGGAGCAUUAUAUGAGCCAUAUGUGUUCAAAAUAAGUUUGAUAGUUGUCUACUGUACGGUCUUGUUAGUUGGCUCGACUGGAAACGCCCUUAUAAUCACCUUGGUGUACAAGCGGAAAGACUUAAGAAAGACUAUAAAUCAGCUUAUCGCCAACAUGGCAUUUUCUGACUUUGUCUUUCAGUUAACAUUCAUUCCAGUUGAGUUGGCAAAGGCAGCGUAUGGUCAAUGGCCAAUCGCUGAACUGGCCGGAUCAAUUGUCUGCAAGAUCCAGAGUUUUGUUAUUUCUACCUCUGUCUAUGUUUCUGUACAAAGCCUAACUUGGAUUGCAUUAGACCGGUUUAUAGCUGUAGUCUUUCCAAUGAAAGUGCAUCUGAUUUCCUCCAGAUUUCNCAAUCUUGUGUACUUUGUUUACCUUAGUGAUAGUGUUAGUAUGUAGUCCCGCGUUUAAUUAUCUAUUACACAAUAGUCUCCGAAAAUGACAGGCUUUUAUCGCAUAAACGCAUGCUCAUAAACUUUUGGCGGGGAGGAGCGAGCUGCAUUGCAAGUCACUGCAAUUGUUAGGCGACGAGACAGUGCCGAUGAUUAUCAAAUAGAAGUAAAAAACAAUUGGUGUAGUAUGUAAAUGUAAACUUCAUCAAGUUUAGAGAAACGCUGCGGUUAGUGGCUGCAAAACUCUGCGGAAGUCAGUCUACAUCAUUUGCCUUUUCCGCACUUCGGUUCCAGUUCCCAUCUCCCUUCAGUCUUAAGUGGCGAUUUCAAGUUGCACUGGGUCAAGUAUUUAGUCGAUUGCUUGGAUUCACCUGAAAUCAGUCUCCAUAUUUCAAAUGCUUCCGCUGUCGAUUUAGUUUGCGGCAUCUUCUUGGGUCAGUUCACUCUCCUUUCUGUUAGAGACGUGCAUUGCAUCGGUGGUUCUUAUUUUCUUAUAUUAUGUCGACCAGCAACUUGAGCAACGUCUCAUCAAGCGAAAAGGAUUUGGAUUGUGGAGCAUUAUAUGAGCCAUAUGUGUUCAAAAUAAGUUUGAUAGUUGUCUACUGUACGGUCUUGUUAGUUGGCUCGACUGGAAACGCCCUUAUAAUCACCUUGGUGUACAAGCGGAAAGACUUAAGAAAGACUAUAAAUCAGCUUAUCGCCAACAUGGCAUUUUCUGACUUUGUCUUUCAGUUAACAUUCAUUCCAGUUGAGUUGGCAAAGGCAGCGUAUGGUCAAUGGCCAAUCGCUGAACUGGCCGGAUCAAUUGUCUGCAAGAUCCAGAGUUUUGUUAUUUCUACCUCUGUCUAUGUUUCUGUACAAAGCCUAACUUGGAUUGCAUUAGACCGGUUUAUAGCUGUAGUCUUUCCAAUGAAAGUGCAUCUGAUUUCCUCCAGAUUUCGUGUUUUGGCCAUUGCUUCCUCGUGGAUUGUUGCCCUUUUGUGCGGCUCUGCAUCUUCUGUUCAUUCGAAAGUCGUACACAAAAAUGGUGCACUUGUCUGCACAGAGGAAACAACUCCAAUUUCUCAAUAUGCUGGAGCCACUGGUUCCUUUGCUUCCUUGAUUUCCGUAACAAUUUUAUACUGCACUAUAGCAGUAACUCUACGAAGGAAAAAUAAAGCGCUCCCUACUUCCACUGUGAAUGGAAACAUUCAAAGAAAACGGCAAGCCAUGAAAAUGUCCAUUUGCGUCGUGGCAGCCUUUUAUUUAUGUUUUAUCCCUGUCAUUAUUAUUGUCUUGUUUUCAGAAAGAGUACUGGAAAGAUCAUGCUUUUUUACUCAGAGUCCUAAGGCCAUUAACUGGCCUGAUGACCAACCUAUCAAGCUCAGCAAAUCCAAUGAUCUGUUUCAUCUUUGUCGAAAACUACCGGCGUGGCCUGAGAGAAUUUUGUGGUUCGUUUCUUAUUAA